UUGAAUUUGAAAUUUUAAAAUAAAUCUUGAUUAUUUUAUGUAUAAAAAAUCAAAAUUCACCUUUAAAAAUUGAAAAAAUUGAAAUAUUUUUGUAAAAAAAUGUUUUCAAUUUUAUAAUAACUUGGCCGUUCACAUUGAAAAUUAAAAUAUCACCAGGCCGCCAUUAUGAUCGAAACGUCUGAUAACGAUUUUGAAAUAAAAAAAAACUCGAAAAAAAAACCGAUACAAACAAAAAACUGAAUUAAUUUGCGAAUUGGUAGUGGAAAUUAAAUUAAUUGCGUGAAAUUAAAUUGCAUUAAUUGUACACCAAUGAGUAAGAUUAUAUCGUGUAAACGAAAAGUGCGCGAUGCGGUCAUUCUUUUGAGAAGAUGUUAAAGGAUUUUAUUGAUUCUGAAAAUGAUGCAACUCCAGAAUUCCUUACAGAUAUGGCAGAAAUCAACGAUAUAAUGUCCGAAGAAAUAACGUCCGAUACGACGGAAGUCGAACAUGUUGUCACUACUCUUACAAUCGACGAUGAAUUUGAUAUCGAAUGUUCCUCUGUAACAGAAGAAAUAGAAGACGUGAAAGUUUUCGAUUCGUCUCCCAACACCGAAGUUAUAGAAGUGAUAGAAAAUGACAACGUUGAAGAGUUACAAAGUCCCAUAUCUGACCAGGUAGAAGAGUUCAUUAUCAAUGAACAUAUCAAUUCCAAGCAGGUGUUGGCUAAUAAUGAAUUCGGUACAGUGCUGGAUAAAAUUCUGCCAAACAACGAUUUGAUGGAAAUUGAUACUCCAUUCUUGAACGGAAAUACAUCUCAAGACACCAACGACGUCGAGUUCGUCUCGCAAACCCCUGCAAGUGCAUCUAGUGACACAAUCUCAACCGAGGCUGCCGUUAAACGUUAUAAAUGUCACAUCUGCGGUAAAUUGUUUUCUCGUAAUAGUAGUCUCAAAUGUCAUAUUAGACUACACGUAGAAGGUCCCGAUAGUCUGUUACGUGGAUCAUCAGAGCCGUUAGAGAAUCUGAAAUCACGCUUCACCGAACUGGUUGCGAAAAAAGAGAAAGAAGAAGUUAUCGAAUCCGUAGACGAUGAAAAUGCUACAGAUUCGAUCGUUCAAGACGAACUCGCUAUCCCCGAUGAGUUGAAUACUUCGCGCGAUUCGGUCGAUUUAACCGAAGACGGAGAGAAACGCGAUUACAAAUGUAUCCUCUGCCCAAAAACAUUCUCGCGUAAAAGCAGUUUGACGUUUCACUACAGAUUUCACCCGAAAUCACCUUCGUCCAAGAGCCCAGAUGACAUCACUGUUCAAAAUACAAACGACGAGACUGCCAUGGAAACAGAUUCCCAUGCUACCAAAGUGCAAUUUAAAUGUACAGAAUGCCCCCGUACGUUUGACCAGAAGAAUGCUUACGCUUGGCAUUUGAAAAUGCACUCGACGAACGUGCGUCGAAAAUCGAACGAAGUUGUACCAGUUGCGAAUCGAAAUGACGUUCAAGAGAUGAUUGUUGAUUCAACGGGUGAUGUCGAUAUCACAAAAUAUCGCUCCGAAGUGCCUACGGAAAACGACGCUGAGCAUCUUUACAAAUGCCAUCUUUGUCCUAAAUCUUUUCCUUCGCUACGUGGAUUGAAAACACAUUCCGGUGUGCACAAAAAGAGAAAGUUUAGCAAACCAUCGAUCGGUUCAGAACAACUCAAUCAAAUCGUUUACGAAGAGGUAUCCAGCCGUAAAUAUCCGUGCGCGUUGAAGGAUCACAAUCACGACGACGAAGUGACCAAAUUAUACAAAUGCAACGUUUGCUGUAAAUGUUUCUGCGAUAUUGUUCAUCUUCGAAAACAUCUCGCGCGUAAUCAUCGAGAAGACGACAUUAGCGAUCUUUCGGACGAAGAUUACGUCCCAGAAUCACAAAUCGAAGCCAUCGAAACCAAAAAAGUUGCUAGAAAGUCACGUAAGCAAGUCAGUCCUCGAGUUAGUGACGAUUUCAUAGAACAAAAGGAGCGGAUUGCCAUACGAGGUCUCUACAAAUGUGGCGUUUGUAACGAAGCCUUCGACGAAAUACAAUUAUUAGCUGAUCACGUCAACAUACACCUUAAAGCUCAUAACGAUUCGCUGUUAGAUAUUUCGGACGAUACUCCGGCCGAAGAAUUAUGCUGCGUGGGUUGCAACGUAACGUUCCGUAAUCGUAACGCUCUGAGCAGACAUAUGAACGAACAUCGUCGUCAAGAAGAAGAAAUUCUCGUCAGGGUAACUUCCUCCGGUCGUAAAAUACGCGAACGUAGGUCUAGCGAAGAUCUAACCGCAAACAGUCCGAUCAAAUGUAUCCCGUGUAAUCGAUAUUUCGAAAGUAUUCGAGCCAAACGUAUUCACGACUCCUCGAAACAUCCUGUCGCGCAAUCUGAAUCCGAAGAACCAGAAUCAGAAACCGAUGACGAAUCUUCGGAUGAGCAAAGUAACAAAGACUACGUUUGCAAGUGUUGUAAUAAAAGUUGGAACAGUGUUAGAGCUCUAGGAAUACAUAGAUCGUGGAAUCAAAGACAGUCGUUGCCCGCACCUGAAGAACCUGGUGUCGCUCCGCUGAUGGUUGAAGAUGAGGAUCCUUUGGACUCUGAUACGUAUGCUGAAGAUAAUAAGACUGAAAAUGAUGUAUCGAGUUCGGUUAAAUGUGGCCGUUGUAACGAACUGUUUCCAAAUAUUCCCGCAUUGAAUGCUCAUCGUUGCGGUGAAACCAAUGGCACGAUGGUCGAUUCGGUCAACACGACGUCGAAUUACGAAAAGAACGAUAUGGCGAGCGGUGCCAGUCUACGUGAUUUAGUCAAAUGCGACCGAUGUGAUAAAUUCUUCGUCGGUAUUCCCGCACUGAAAUUACAUAUAAUUUCCGAUCAUUCGAAGAAAUCCGUAACGCAGAAUACAACCGAAGAGCAGAAUUCAACUACUACCGCCGGUACCGUGCCAGACAACGUUGUACAAACUCAAUCUGAAACUGAUGUACAGAUCGUGGACAUCGUUGAUCCUCUCGCUGACAUUCCAACUCAACCUAAUGACAAACCCGCCGUCGUCUCUGUCUCGCAAACUGUUCGAGGUAGAAAAUCCAUCCUCGUUGGCGAUUCCGCAAAGCCGCAAGAACAAACUGACGAUCGCAAGUAUGCUUGUUGCGAUAAAACCUUCACUUCUUUGAAAGGCUUGAAGACUCAUCAAAGAAAUCACCCUACAAUGGUUACUUUGCCAGCUGCCAUCGCCUCUUCAACCUCCAGAGAAUCCGCGAAACUACAACUUGCGAAAAACGAUGCUGAAAAAGCCGACGAUUAUGUCAACUGUCCAACCACUGAUACCGAAGCCGAAGAGGGAGUGUUUAAAGAAUACACAUGUUCGAUUUGCUUUAAAGUAUUCGAAUGGCAGAAACAAUUGCGAUAUCAUCGUAAAAAGAAACACUUCGGUCCGGACGAGGACGAUCCGGAAGAUGGAAUCGGAGAGUUUCAAUGUUCCAAGUGUCACAAAAGGUUUGAUAAAAUAUCCUCGUUACGCGUUCAUAAAGCGUAUCAUACUACGAAAGAAAAAAAGACACCGAUAGAUUGCGGAACGUAUACGGAUAUGAGAAAUGGUAUCUACAAGUGUAAUAAAUGUGAUAAAGAAUUCGACAACGUACGCAGUUCCAUUACACAUCACAAUAUCAAGCAUAAAACGCCCAAAGAAGGAACCGAAUACCCGUGUACUCUUUGUGAUCGGUCUUUCACCUGCUCUCAAGGAUUAGCCGGACAUAUGUGGGCUCAUAAACGUGGAUGCGCCAUCGAUUCGACUCAACUUAAUGAAACGAGCCCCGCAGCACCCGUAUUGGAAACAGAUCUUUACUGCACACUUUGCCAUAAAUCAUUCACGAAAAAAGGUAACCUCAUGAGGCAUCGUAGAUCUUUUCACAAAAUAGAUGUAGCCGACGAAGAUAAUAUAGAAGAAGAAGAAGAAGAAGAAGAAGAAGAACACGACGAAAACGAAACCGCCAGUACAGAUCGUUACUGCAGACUUUGCGAUAAAUCAUUCACGACAAAAGGUAACUUCAUAAGGCAUCGUAGAUGUGUUCAUAAAGUAGAUGUAACCGACGAAGAUAAUAUAGGAGAAGAACAACACGACGAAAACGAAACCGUCAGGGUGAAUGAAAACGGCGAGAAAGAAUACUCUUGCACGGACUGCGAUCGAGUAUUUACCAAUUAUCGUGGCCUAAAUGGGCACCGACAGAUGCAUCAAAUGUACACUUGUUCAGAAUGCGAUGAAAAAUUUACGAAUCUCCGUCUUUACAAUACGCACAGAGAGACCCAGUGCUUACAGUUCAAAUGCGAUAAAUGCGAUCGAACGUUCAAAUCGGCCAGAGCAUUGGGUGGUCAUAAACCGACUCAUUAUGGCGAAAAAGGCAAAGAGAACGAAUCGGACGAUGUUGAAGAUUUCCAAGACGCUGAAAACGAUCUCGAUGACGAGUCCAAGGAGACGAAUAACGAAUCCGAGUUCAAAUGCGAUAAAUGCGACCGAACGUUCAAAUCAGCCAGAGCAUUAGGUAGCCAUAAACCUUCCCAUCACGGUGAAAAAAGCGACGAAAGCGAAUCCGAUAACGCCGAAGAGUACCUCGAUGCUGAAAACGAAUCCGGCGACGAGGCUGAUAACGAAGAAGAUGGCCAAUCGAACGAAUACCAGUGCUCCAGAUGCGAUCGUUCGUACAACAACCAAAGAUCUCUGAAUGUGCAUAUGACUUGCCACCUCGCGCACGAUAAUCCGUUAGAAUUGCCGUGCCCUCAAUGCGAACGAAUCUUCAGCUCGCAUCGAUCCUUAAGUGCGCAUUAUUUGACUCACAGAGGUAAUACUUUGCACGAGUUCCCAUGUCCCAAGUGUAAUAUUCAGUUUACUACUAUGAGAUCAAUGCACGAACAUUUCUGUACAGCUCAUAAAAGAAGAAGUAGAAGCAAACGACCUGCUCGUGGUGAUUCGAAACCCAUUUCAAAUGAUACCGAAAUAGUCGUCGACUCGAAAGACACCGAAGCUGAAUCGACCACCGCUACACCUGCUGUUGUUCCCAUUGUCGUUGAGCACCCUUGCGCCAAAUGUGGGCAGAAAUUCGACUCGGAAAGUACUCUAAUCGAUCACAAGAAAGUAUGUAAAACACGAAGUAGAUCUGUCGGCGCUCGUAUGAGCUCUCGUGGCGAUAAUUUAAUCACUCCUGCGACCAACGGCGACGAUCCCGGAGAUACUCCAAAUUCCAAAGUUGAAAAGAACCGUCGUCGCGCCAAAUCAUCCCCCAGACUGUCCGAAUCAUCACAGCUGCUAAACCGCGAACAGCCAAUGGAGGUAGAUGUGCAAAAAGACCGCAAAAAAAGCGACGAAGACCAAGCUGCUAAAAGCCAUAUGCAAUUAUCCUGCGUCAUUAACGAUCAAAUCAAUACGACCGGCGAUACCGAAGCCGCACCGAAAUGCGACCUGUGUUCGUUAACUUUCGAAGACCUCAAGAGCUUAGCUAAGCAUAUGGCGGAUUCGCACGAAUCAACGACCAAUAAUUCGGUCGAAGCAAAAUCCGGUUUCGCCAACUUACCGAUACGAGUUCACCACUGUACCCAGUGCGAUAAAAUCUUCGCCAAUAGAAUUGGUCUAAGGAGACACUCGUUGACUCACGCUGAACCAGCACCGCUACCUGUGCUCAUCCAGUGUCCAUCGUGUCCCAGGCAAUUUUUCUCGAUCGUCGGUCUCAGACGUCAUUCGUCUGUGCAUAAAAACGGUCGUAAAUCUAUCGCCAUCUGUAACUUGACCGAAAAUACCCCCGCGUACGACUCUUCUGCUACCGAAUCAAAAACCAACCGAGUUGCCAUACCACUAGCUGAUUCUGUCGUCGAAAACCACGCCAAACCAGCCUCAUCAACGUCCGAUGUAGAUCGACCCUUGGUUGAGCAAUCUGUCGAAAACUCAACAAAUGGUGUCGACGAAUCGAUCAACGCUGCUAAUCAAUCGUUACCCGAACCCGACGAUCAAAUUGUACCAUGUCACAAUGCCGCCAUCGCUCGAGUUGAUAAUUCUGUGGAAGAUGUAACUAUUUCUUCCAACGAUAUUCAACCUGAUCAGCCGAUCGACGAGAUGAAUUUAGCUCAAGAUCCGGUACCAGCCGUCUCGAACGAAGCCGGCGCAGAUUUCUCGUGUUAUAAAUGUAAACGUCGAUUCGGCAACGUUAAAAAACUGAACAAACAUCUUCAGUUUCAUAAAUUCAACGACGGCGUCAAAGGCGAAGAACCCAGCGUAAACGAAUCGCCCCAACAACGUCGCAGUUCCGAUGCUGGUUUAACGAAUGGAAACGCUAGCGUCGAUCUUGCAGUCUAUGUGAAAUGUGAAAUCUGCGGGAAUACUUUUAAAAAUGCGGAAAUAUUGAAAAAACACGCUUUCGAUACUCACAACGUAACCAUAACGUCACCGCUCCUGUACUAUUGCGAUGUCUGCCAUAAACCAUUUUCUCGAGGCAAAUCGUUAAUAUCGCAUUUAAAAACGCACACCAACGGCUACUCAUCAUCGUCCUCCGAAGAAGAUGGCAUGCCAUACGAAUGCAUCUCCUGCGAGAAAUGUUUCCGUCUGAAAAGCGAUCUAUUAGAGCACGUCAAAACACACGACUCGAAUAACCACGAAAUCGUACCCGCAGAACCUUUGGUUAACGGCUCUGUCGACGAGAAAUCUGCCACAUUGAACGGAAACAUGUCCGACGUCUCGGUUCACAGCGAGAAUUACGAAUUGAGAAUCAUCUCGGACGACGACGACAUUGCCGACAAUGGUAACCUGGUCGCCGAACCAAUCCAAGUCGUUCAUCAGCCAGAACCUGGAAUAAUUCCAAAACCCAAAAUCGAAUGUACCGAAUGCGGUAGAUCGUUCAAAAAACUACACUUCCUCCGUAUUCAUUCACGUAUCCAUAGAAAAACGCCGCCUGCACCUAAACCCAAACCCAAUCCCAACCUCGAUCCAACUAUAACCAGAAGUACGAGUAGUAAAACAGACCACAAGUGCCCUGAGUGCGAGAUGAGCUUUAGUUUGAAGACUUCUUUAGCCAUUCACAUGCAGAAACAUACUGGUGUGAAGGUAUCGCGCAGAUCACUCAAACGAGCUCAUGACGGUGACGACCUCAGCGCCGAAGAUGGUGUAAAGAAUAGUAAAAGAGCUUCGAAAGAUAUAUCGUAAAUAUGUAACAAGUAUUCUCGCUCUGUGCCAGUGAUUGAAGUUUUUGCUGAGUGAAUCAUUAUCUGUAGUCAUUUUUAACCAUUUAUUGUAUUCUCUUUUUUAAAUCGUGUCUGUAUAUUCUGUAUGUGGAUGUACUACAUGUGUUCUUUUAUUUACUUUUUUUUUUCGUCGUCAAGCCGGAUAUUUUUUUACACAGCGUUACCGCCUUUGCCUUAUAGGACCAUUUUUCUCUCUCUUGUUCGUCGUUCCAAGAGCAUAAGUGGUGGUAUUGUAUAAACUUUCAUACCAACCUACGUAUUCCUGUUAUAUUUUAAGAGUUUAAUUUUAUCUAAGAAUCGGUAUUGUAAAUUUUUUUUAUAACGUAAACGACACGUACGAUUAGAAUUUAUUUUUAUGCUUGAUUUUUUUAUUUAGAGCAAGGUUGACAUUUGGAUAUUUUAAGUUGUUUCAGUUCUAGUCGAUUUUAUGUAGGUUACUGAAACAAACCGAAAUGAGAUAUUUUUCGUCGGAAUUGACUGUAAGAUUCCGUUCUCUUCGAAUGGAGUUUAUUUUCAUGAAUCUGUGAUAUUGUGUAGAUUUUUUGUUUUUUGUUUUUUUCGGAAAGUAAUUAGCUCAGGAAUAUUAUUACUUGUUAUUUUGAUAGUCUGUGGCCAUUUUUUUUUUUCUAUCACGAGGAUGAAGUAAUAGGUAUAUUAUGUAGCGGAAUAAGGAACGUUGUUUUUUUUUUAUUUAGAAUGUUUUAGAAAAGCAAUAAGAGUUUUGUUGACGAGAACUAAAUUCCAUUGUCAGCCAUCUAAAAUGAAAAAAUUAAAGAAAACGUUCACCUUUUACCCUUUUUUCUUGCAAAAUGGUUGUUUGGUGGACUGUUUUUACUGCGUAUUGUUUUAUUUUAUUGUAUUUUUUUUUUUUUUUUUUUUUUUUUUAAGAAAUCGUUUUAUUAAAGUAACUAUGGUUAUUUCUAAGAUUUUUAUUUCGUAUUUUGUACCUAAACUUAGAUAUACAUUCGUGCAUCUAACAGUACACGUAGAAUUAUGGUUAAACGUUUCGUUUCUUUAAGGUAUAUAAAAAUCGUUUGUUAUUUUAAUUCGUAAAACUGAUGUACGGAUAAGUGAAUUUUUAUUAUAUUUUCUUCGAAUUAUGA